CCCGGGACUCUGAGCCAGAGCGCAGCGGCGAGCGUGACUCCGCCAUCAGGUCCCCUGCUGCCUCCCUGGGCCUAGCCCACUCCGCUGCGCCAGCGCCGCGGGCAGUGAGUUCGGGGGACAGGGGAACCCGGGGGACAGGGGAACCCAGGGCUCCCUCGCACCAACCCCAAAUCCUGCCCUCCUGGCGAUGAAGCUUUGCUAGGGCACCUCCACAAUCCGGGCACGAGGGAGGAGGAGGAAAGGACUGAGGGAUCCCCUCAUAGCCAGCUGGGAGCGGGCUGGGAGGCCGCAGGGAGGGCCUGAAAAAGGAGACGGGAUUACCACGAGGUUUGGAGGCGCGGGGAGGUAGCGGCUUGGAGCGGGUUAGAAAAGCUCAGGUGCGGCCCGCCGGGCCGAAGGAGGUAACCCGGCGCCCGGCCCUAGCCAGCCUCGGGACUCUGGGCGGGGGAGAUCAUGGCCCGCCUCUUCAGCCCCCGGCCACCCCCCAGCGAAGACCUCUUCUACGAGACCUACUACAGCCUGAGCCAGCAGUACCCGCUGCUGCUGCUGCUGCUGGGGAUCGUGCUCUGUGCGCUCGCGGCGCUGCUCGUGGUUGCCUGGGCCAGCGGCAGGGAGCUGACCUCAGACCCGAGCUUCCUGACCACUGUGCUGUGCGCGCUGGGCGGCUUCUCGCUGCUGCUGGGCCUCGCUUCCCGCGAGCAGCGACUGCAGCGCUGGACGCGUCCUCUGUCCGGCUUGGUAUGGGUCGCGCUGCUAGCGCUAGGCCACGCCUUCCUGUUCACCGGGGGCGUGGUGAGCGCCUGGGACCAGGUGUCCUAUUUUCUCUUCGUCAUCUUCACGGUGUAUGCCAUGCUGCCCUUGGGCAUGCGGGACGCCGCCGUCGCGGGCCUCGCCUCCUCACUCUCGCAUCUACUGGUCCUGGGGCUGUAUCUUGGGCCACAGCCGGACUCACGGCCUGCACUGCUGCCGCAGUUGGCAGCAAAUGCGGUACUGUUCCUGUGCGGGAACGUGGCAGGAGUGUACCACAAGGCGCUGAUGGAGCGCGCCCUGCGGGCCACGUUCCGGGAGGCACUCAGCUCCUUGCACUCGCGCCGGCGGCUGGACACCGAAAAGAAGCACCAGGAACACCUUCUCUUGUCCAUCCUUCCUGCCUACCUGGCCCGAGAGAUGAAAGCAGAGAUCAUGGCACGGCUGCAGGCAGGACAGGGGUCACGGCCAGAGAGCACCAACAAUUUCCACAGCCUCUAUGUCAAGAGGCACCAGGGAGUCAGUGUGCUGUAUGCUGACAUUGUGGGCUUCACGCGGCUGGCCAGCGAGUGUUCCCCUAAGGAGCUGGUGCUCAUGCUCAAUGAGCUCUUUGGCAAGUUCGACCAGAUCGCCAAGGAGCAUGAAUGCAUGCGGAUCAAGAUCCUGGGGGACUGUUACUACUGUGUCUCCGGACUGCCACUCUCACUGCCAGACCAUGCCAUCAACUGCGUGCGCAUGGGGCUGGACAUGUGCCGGGCCAUCAGGAAACUGCGGGCAGCCACUGGCGUGGACAUCAACAUGCGUGUGGGCGUGCACUCAGGCAGUGUACUCUGUGGAGUCAUCGGGCUGCAGAAGUGGCAGUAUGACGUUUGGUCCCAUGAUGUCACACUGGCUAACCACAUGGAGGCAGGCGGUGUACCAGGGCGAGUGCACAUCACAGGGGCUACCCUGGCCCUGCUGGCAGGGGCUUAUGCUGUAGAGGACGCAGGCAUGGAGCAUCGGGAUCCCUACCUUCGGGAGCUAGGGGAGCCCACCUAUCUGGUCAUCGAUCCACGGGCAGAGGAGGAGGAUGAGAAGGGCACUGCAGGAGGCUUGCUCUCCUCGCUUGAGGGCCCCAAGAUGCGUCCAUCACUGCUGAUGACCCGUUACCUGGAGUCCUGGGGUGCAGCCAAGCCUUUUGCCCACCUGAGCCACGUAGACAGCCCUGUGUCCACCUCCACCCCUCUCCAGGAGAAGACCCUGGCUUCCUUCAGCCCCCAGUGGAGCCUAGAUCGGAGCCGUACCCUCCGUGGACUAGAUGAUGAACUGGACACCGGGGAUGCCAAGUUCUUCCAGGUCAUUGAGCAGCUCAACUCACAGAAACAGUGGAAGCAGUCGAAGGACUUCAACCCACUGACACUGUACUUCAGAGAGAAGGAGAUGGAGAAAGAGUACCGACUCUCUGCAAUCCCCGCCUUCAAAUACUAUGAAGCCUGCACCUUCCUGGUUUUUCUCUCCAACUUCAUCAUCCAGAUGCUAGUGACAAACAGGCCCCCAGCUCUGGCCAUCACGUAUAGCAUCACCUUCCUCCUCUUCCUCCUCCUCCUUUUUGUCUGCUUCUCAGAGGACCUGAUGAGGUGUGUCCUGAAAGGCCCCAAGAUGCUGCACUGGCUGCCUGCACUGUCUGGCCUGGUGGCCACACGACCAGGACUGAGAAUAGCCUUGGGCAUCGCCACCAUCCUCCUUGUCUUUGCCAUGGCCAUUACCAGCCUGUUCUUCUUCCCAGCAUCAUCAGACUGCCCUUUCCAAGCUCCCAAUGUGUCCUCCAUGAUUUCCAACCUCUCCUGGGAGCUCCCUGGGUCUCUGCCUCUCAUCAGUGUCCCAUACUCCAUGCACUGCUGCACGCUGGGCUUCCUCUCCUGCUCCCUCUUUCUGCACAUGAGCUUCGAGCUGAAGCUGCUGCUGCUCCUGCUGUGGCUGGCAGCAUCCUGCUCCCUCUUCCUGCACUCCCACGCCUGGCUGUCCGACUGCCUCAUCGUCCGCCUCUAUCUGGGCCCCUUGGACUCCAGGCCCGGAGUGCUGAAGGAGCCCAAAUUCAUGGGUGCUAUCUCCUUCUUCAUCUUCUUCUUCACCCUCCUUGUCCUGGCUCGCCAGAAUGAGUACUACUGCCGCCUGGACUUCCUGUGGAAGAAGAAGCUGAGGCAGGAGCGGGAGGAGACAGAGACGAUGGAGAACCUGACUCGGCUGCUCUUGGAGAACGUGCUCCCUGCACACGUGGCCCCCCAGUUCAUUGGCCAGAACCGGCGCAAUGAGGAUCUCUACCACCAGUCCUACGAAUGCGUUUGUGUCCUCUUCGCUUCAGUCCCAGACUUCAAGGAGUUCUACUCUGAAUCCAACAUCAAUCAUGAGGGCCUAGAGUGUCUGAGGCUGCUCAAUGAAAUAAUUGCUGAUUUUGAUGAGCUGCUCUCCAAGCCCAAGUUCAGUGGGGUGGAGAAGAUCAAGACCAUUGGCAGCACCUACAUGGCAGCCACAGGAUUAAAUGCCACCUCUGGACAGGAUGCACAACAGGAUGCUGAACGGAGCUGCAGCCACCUUGGCACUAUGGUGGAAUUUGCCGUUGCCCUGGGGUCUAAGCUGGACGUCAUCAACAAGCAUUCAUUCAACAACUUCCGCCUGCGUGUGGGGUUGAACCACGGACCAGUAGUAGCUGGAGUUAUUGGGGCCCAGAAGCCACAAUAUGACAUUUGGGGCAACACAGUGAACGUAGCCAGCCGCAUGGAGAGUACAGGAGUCCUUGGCAAAAUCCAAGUGACUGAGGAGACAGCCUGGGCCCUACAGUCCCUGGGCUACACCUGCUACAGCCGGGGGGUCAUCAAGGUGAAAGGCAAAGGGCAGCUCUGCACCUACUUCCUGAACACAGACUUGACACGAAGUGGACCUCCUUCAGUUACCCUAGGCUGAGAUUGCACUCCCCUUCUAAGAACCUCAAUAAAGAGACUCUGGUGUGCCUGGAGCCCAUUGAUG